AACAUUAUUAACGUGGAACAUUACUCGACUUGUGACUCGACUGACAAAACUCAUGGCAGUGCGACACAUCAACAUGGCCCAUCGGCAGCAGCAGCCUCCGAUCGUGCUGUAUGACCCUGAAGCCAUCGAGCAACGGUCCUAUUCACCCACGACGAUUCGUUCGAACGAGAGCCCACAGCCUUAUCCAUGUGGGCACCAUCACACGGCUCAGACGCUCGACGUGGAUUUCCGCGUAGCAGCCACCGCGCCAUCGUUCGCUGGUGCGCGUCGUCGACGCCUCCCUGGUCUAAGUGGCAUCCAAGGCCCCAAGAGUCCGUCCAUGCGUAUCCUUCUCGGCAGUCUGCUGGGCCUGGUGCUCGGUAUCCUGCUCUCCUUUCUCUACGAAUCCCUCAAUAAACCGCCGUGGAUGGCCAGUGUGAGCAAGUGGAUCCAACAGCCAGGUCACCUCUUCAUUCGAGCGCUGAACUGCGCCAUCAUUCCCAUGGUGCUCGCCAACACGGCGGCCUCCGUGGCCGACGCCGUUCUCUCUGGUCGUGUGCGCCAACUGCUCGGGUGGCGCACCAUGGGGUUGUUCUUCCUGUCGUCGGUGUGCUCGGGCAUCGCCGGCGCCGUGGCGGUGCUUUUGUUUCAAGCGGCGCUGAUUCCAUCUGCCAUGCCCAUCCCCGCAAAGUCUCAAAAGGUUCUCGGGUCUGUCGUGUUUGGUUGUGGCAACGCUACCGCCCGGGCCAUCAACGACUCUACGUUGUUUGCAUGGGCAGGGAACAUGUCGUUUUGUUCGUUCGUGUCGACGUCUGCAGCAGCAGCUAGCUUGGUCACGUUGGAGACACCGGUCAACUCGUCCGACUACUUUGUCUUGAAUAAGCCAGUCCUCCAAUCGCGAAGCCUGACGGACCACGUCAUGGUCGUCGUGGAGCAGCUCGUCACAGACAACAUCUUGGACGCCAUGGCCAAGGGCAACCUGCUCAGCGUGAUCAUGGUGGCCAUCCCCAUUGGAAUCGCCACCGCCGCCGCUGCCAACGCACUGCCACAUAGCCCCCUCGGGCACUCGCUGGACGAGUUUUUGAGGUGUGUGCGCGACGCGUUCUUCCUCCUCUUGGGCUGGGUUGUAGACUUGACGCCAUUUGCGAUGGUGAGCAUCAUCGCGUCGGCCAUUCUCGACUCGACGAUGAUGUCUGCCAGGAUCGACGUCGAGUCGAGCCAACUCUCGUCGUUCUUUCAAGACGCGGUAAAGUUGGUCGUGCCGCUCGCGCUGGCGGCUAGCACACACAUGUUUGUCGUGUUGCCUGUGAUGUUUUACCUGUUUGUGCACGCAAAUCCGUUUGCAUACAUGAAAGCGAUGGCGCCAGUGUACGUGUUUGCAGCCGGCGCGUCGAGCUCGAUGGCGACGUUGCCCAUCGCGAUCUCCACUAUGAUUGCCACCAAGCAAGUACCCAAGAUCGUGCCCGAGUUUGUGUUUCCCAUUGCGACCGUGGUCAACAUGAAUGCGUCGGGUAUCUACAUGGCCAUGCACGUGGCUUUCAUCGCGUACAUAGAGAACUACGUACUCAACGUCGCCGAGAUAGCCAUCUUGCUGCUCGUGUCGCUCCUGUCAUCUGUGGGGACCCCUCCAAUCCCGAACGGCGGACUCAUUAUGAUCCUCACGAUCUGGAACACGGUGCUUCAACGCCCCCACGACGUCCUCCCGCCUGCGUUCAAGGUGGUCGUCGCGUGCGACUACCUCACCGACCGCAUCGCGACCUUGCUGAAUGUCCACGGCAACGUCAUCAUCACACGUAUCAUUGCCGAAGAUGUGGAUGCUACCGUCCUGGAAACAAGGCAGCCGAGUCGACACCAGGAAGAAGACGGGGAUAGCUCCACUGACUGACAGAAGAUCAGCGUUGUAUGUUUGUAAAGUAUGUAGUUGUACAGUACUUAAUCUAUAAUGAGUUCCGGUAGCAAGCGUGUG